ACUUGGAACUUAAUAAGUAUAAAUACAUCGUUAAUGUUACCAUAUUGGAGAAUAAAGGAGCAGGGGCUAGAAUGCAAAUCAAUUGUCUGUGGGAUAAAGACACCGAUAACGUGGCUCAGGACACUUUUAAGAAUGAGACCAUCAUAUGCACGGCCAUGGCGUUCGGUGUAUAUUUUUAUUGA